GCACGCCCGCGUCGCGCUUGGGACUGCGGCUGCGCUAGCCGCCGGAGGUCGGGUGCAGCUCAUACCAAGCACCCGAGAAAAAUCACCUUGGAUGUUGUUUCUUAGGCCUUUAAGGUAUUUCAACAACAGUCAAUCCCUGCUGGGCGUGUCGUGGCCUGCUGCGGGCACGUCUCUGACCCUCUGAGUCUCAACCAUGCUGUCCAACGGCUGGCAAAGUUUCCUAAAAGUUACAAGCCCUCAUCGAAUACACACAAGGUUGUGCCAGCGAUUGAUAAGUGAAAGGAGGUUUUUCGGAACUGUGCCAACACCCAGAUUGCGUAGGCGGGUUGUCGUUACAGGCAUUGGCUUAGUGACUCCUCUGGGUGUUGGCACUCAGCUGGUGUGGGAUCGUCUUAUCCAGGGAGAGAGUGGAAUCGUUUCACUGGUCGGUGAAGAGUAUAAGAGUGUCCCUUGCAGUGUUGCUGCUUAUGUGCCAAGAGGUUGUGAUGAAGGUCAAUUCAACGCACAAAACUUUGUGCCCAAAUCAGAUAUCAAGUCCAUGUCUUCUCCCACCGUUAUGGCCAUUGGGGCUGCUGAGUUAGCCUUGAAAGAUUCCGGCUGGCAUCCUCAGUCAGAAGCUGACCAAGCGGCUACUGGUGUUGCAAUUGGCAUGGGAAUGGUUCCCCUUGAAGUGAUUUCUGAAACCGCUUUGAUGUUUCAGACGAAAGGUUACAGUAAAGUCAGCCCAUUCUUUGUCCCUAAGAUUCUGGUCAGUAUGGCCGCAGGCCAGGUCAGCAUUCGCUAUAAACUCAAGGGCCCCAAUCAUGCAGUGUCCACAGCCUGUACCACGGGAGCUCAUGCUGUGGGAGACUCUCUGAGGUUCAUAGCCCACGGCGAUGCUGAUGUGAUGGUGACUGGAGGUGCCGACUCUUGCAUCAGCCCUUUGUCGCUUGCUGCGUUUUCCAGAGCCCGGGCUCUGAGCACAAACUCUGAUCCGAAGUCGGCAUGUCGGCCAUUCCAUCCCAAGAGAGAUGGUUUUGUGAUGGGAGAAGGUGCAGCCGUGCUGGUGCUGGAAGAACACGAGCAUGCUGUUCAAAGAGGGGCUCGGAUCUAUGCAGAGAUUUUGGGCUACGGACUCUCAGGUGAUGCCAGUCACAUAACCGCCCCUGAUCCUGGAGGAGAAGGUGCCUUAAGAUGUAUGGCUGCUGCUAUAAAAGAUGCAGGUGUACAGCCUGAAGAGAUAUCCUAUAUCAACGCACAUGCUACUUCCACACCGUUGGGAGACGCUGCUGAAAACAAAGCCAUCAAACAUCUUUUCAAAGAGCACGCCCACGCCCUUGCCGUCUCCUCCACCAAGGGGGCCACGGGACACCUGCUGGGGGCCGCCGGGGCCGCCGAGGCAGCUUUUACCUCCCUGGCUUGUUAUCAUCGAAAACUGCCACCUACUUUAAACCUGGACUGUACAGAACCAGAAUUUGAUCUCAAUUAUGUUCCACUCAAGGCGCAGGAAUGGAAAACUGAGAAAAGAUGUAUUGGACUCACCAAUUCCUUUGGUUUUGGUGGUACAAAUGCAACACUUUGUAUUGCUGGCAUGUAGGACAAAUCAUUUGUCAUUAAAUAUUGAUUUUUUUA